CCUUAGCUUUGGCAUAAGCUCCUAAGCAACGACAUAUCAACCACUGCCAUAGAUGUGAGAGCUUCCUGAGGACAAGGUGACAGCCUCUGCUCCGGCUUUCUGAAUCUUUCUGAGAGGUAGGUUUUAUGGAAGAUAACCUAAAUACAUGCGAUAAACAAACAGAGAGGUGGGUGGUGCCUAUGUACCUACCCUACCUACGUUGAAAAAGUCCAUAGGUACACACCGCGGGGAUUGCCUCAAAACAUCAACUUCGUGAAAAGGAAAAGAACAAAAAUAUCCCAUCCCGUUCCCAUAUUUAUUCGCUCACAAAACCACAUCAAAUCCCUUUCCAGUAUUUCUUCCACCAACAGGAACUACUUACUGGCCUCCGUCAAGCAUUAUAUCCACGAUGCCGCCAACCGAUCCCAAGCGCACUGCCAACCGCAGAGCUCAGAGGGAGGGAAAGAGUGGCCACGGAUAUGCAUCAGGAAAUGACAAGAGCCUGACCUCGCGGCCAGAGUCGCUGCCUGAUGACCGCAAAUCCGGCCAGAGUAUUGCGAAUCCUCUCACCCAAGAUGAGCAGUUCCUCAUCUGCAGGAAGACACGCAAAUUGAUGCAGGAGCGAGAUAAGCUCGAGCGCCAGCUGAUGAAGGUUGUCGAGGAAGAUGGCGCCACCACUUAUGGCUCGCCAACGCGCGAAGAGCUGCUCCGGUUGCAGUCACAACUGGAAGAGAAACAGGCGCGACACAUGGCCAUGAUGAACAAGGUCUUGGCCGAGAGGAAGAUGCUGUAUAGAUUGGAUCCAGCCUCCGAUAGAGCUAUGGACUUGGGCUUGGUUAGGGGUUUGAUCGCCAGAUUCAAGCCGCUCUCGGGUCUGCACCCGGGUGAUCAUCUUCCUGCUGGGAACGAAGGCUCACCCGCCCAUGAAGCACGGGGUGGAGGAAAACGAGCCGCCGCAGCAAUUGGACCAGAGGGCCGCCACGAUUCCACUAGCUUGGAACACCAACAAGCUUCGGCACUGGAUAAGAAGAGGGUGGGGCGCAAGCGGGAGCACGGGGAACCCGGAGAUGCCAACCCUCCUGUCAAGAAGCCCAAAUUAACUGACCAUAGGCAGAGUGAAGCAAGGGCCAACGCUGGCAAGGAGCGCCCCAGCAAUAUAACCAAGACAGCCUAUCCGCCACGGCCUGAUAAAGCCAGUGCUGACAACUACUUUGCGGAGCGAGCUCUCGACAUCAUCUCUAAUCCGCUAACAUUUGAUGAUUUUGUCUACGAUGCUCCUAGACAUGGCACGCCGACAGAAUACCCCUCUCAUUCCUAUUUCAUGCACGGCGCGCUGCCCGUACCAUCGACCACCACUACUACGCGAACUGACAUGCGACACGCUCACCAAGAAAAUCCGAGUAAGCACAUGAGCAGCGCCAUUGCAGGUCGCAGCGAGUCCAGCCGCGCCGUGGGACCAGACAAGGAGACGGUCAAGGACCAGGAGGUAGCUGGCAAAGACAUCGACACCGACAAUAGUGGUACGGUGUCGACGGACGAGCCCGUUACGGGUCGGCAUUCCGGCAACCCCGCGGGUGGGAAGAAGCCAAAGGACAAAGAGAACGGUUCCCGGCUUUCAAAGUCAGACGACAGCAAGGCGACGAGGGAGCCUCCUCAAACCGACAAUAGUGGAGCUAGAUCACACCAUGCGGCUGCAGAUUCCUCUUCCAAUUCGACUCCAGCUGCUCGCGAUCUAGUUCCCACGGUUCAUCAAACCCCGAAACGGAAUGAAGAUUUGGGCCGCCAGAAGAAGACACCUGCUUCCGAGGGCCACAAAAUCUCCAUGAAGCCCGUCUUUCAAAACUACAGCAGCACCAAAGGCACCUGCACCACCAGCAAAAACCCUCGAUCGCCCCCCGUCUUCGCAAGCCCGAGACGCGCCUUCCCGAGAAGCGACCAGCCGCGAGACCAGCAAGGGUCCACCCACCUCCCCAUGUUCACUGCGACCCCCUACGGACCAGCCAGCGGCUCCCCCCCAGCCGCCAAGCCGGCCCGCCCGGCGCCCAAGCAGCCUAAGCCCGCCGUACCGUUCGUGCCCAGCCGCACAACCAGCCCCGCCUCGGAGGAGCCGGGACGCCCGUCGCCACCGGCCGGCGCCGCCUAGGGGGACUUGGUCCGGCCUGUUGGCGUCUACGGUUGGGUGGCCGGAGGAUCUUCUAUCUCUGGUUCUGUCUCUGGUUUUUCCACUGGAGGCGGCAGCUACACAGAGGAGCUGCGGCGGCAGGAUGACGAGGUCCUGGAGAGGGAGAGGGCGGCCUGGAUCGAGAGGCUCGGCCUGGGGCAUGUGAUGCGCCCUGGUGAUGGUGAGGGCGACGGCGGCGGUGGGAGGCCUGCUGAUCUGCCGGGUCUGACGACGGAGGAUCUGAUUACUCUCGCGUUCGAGAAGCA